AUGAGUAUCAAACAAAGCACCAAUAUAGAUGAUUUCCAGCUGGCUCAGCUGGGUCAUUCCCAGUCAUUCCAACGCAACUUCAGUCGCUGGACCAUGCUAGGGUUAGCUUUUGCUAUCCUGAACUCAUGGACAGCCCUGGCAGCGUCUCUUUCCCUUGCUCUACCCUCAGGUGGCCCUGUUGCCGUCAUCUGGGGACUGGUCACCGCUGGCAUCUGCAAUUUGUCUCUUGCUGCCAGUCUUGCAGAGUUUCUCUCCGCUCUGCCCACCGCUGGAGGCCAAUACCACUGGGUUGCGACAAUUGCUCCCCCGUCACUCAAGAUCCCACUCUCAUGGGUGACUGGGUGGAUCAACAUGAGCGGCUGGGUCAGCCUGGUUGCCACCAACUGUUCUCUUUCAAGCACUCUGAUCAUCAAUAUCAUUUCGCUUCAAAAGCCUGACUAUGAGUUUCAGAGGUGGCACCAGUUUCUGAUCUACAUGGGCAUCGCUUGCGUCGCCUUCGCCACCAACGCCUUUCUUCAUUCCGUCCUCCCUCGAAUCAAUGGCGUUGCGUUUACAUGGAGCAUCGCUGGAUUCUUUAUCAUCUCCAUCACUCUUCUGGCCUGCGCAGCCCCUGACUACGCUACGGCAGACUAUGUAUUCGCAACCUUUAUCAACACCACAGGGUGGCCAGACGGAAUUGCUUGGCUUCUCGGCCUCUUGCAGGGGGGUCUAGGCCUCACCGGAUUUGACGCCGUGGCACACAUGAUUGAGGAAAUCCCCAACGCCGCCAUUGAAGGACCCAAGAUCAUGUUGUACUGCCAGUACAUCGGUAUCACAACUGGAUUCCUGUUCUUGGUCGUGGUACUGUUUGUAUCCGGAGGGAUGGUUAAUACAUCGACUAUCAUCAGCUCGACUGCUGGCCCUCUCCUGGAGAUUUUCUAUCUCGCGACGAACAGCAAGGUUGGCGCUGUGUGCCUCCUGAUGUUCCCUCUACUAUGCCUUAUCUUUGCAGCCAUUGCAGUCAUGACAACCUCUUCCCGCAUGGUGUUCGCUUUCGCUAGAGACGGUGGUCUUCCGACUUCGCGUAUCUGGUGGAAGGUUCACCCAAAACUGGGAGUGCCGCUCAAUGCCCUUUACCUGAAUGUCGCAAUCACUCUCGUGUUUGGAUGCAUCUAUCUUGGAUCAACCGUCGCUUUCAAUGCCAUAAUUGCCUCCUCAGUCGUCGCACUGGGCAUCAGCUAUGGAAUGCCAGUUGGGCUUCUUGUCCUACAAGGACGAUCGAAGUUGCCUGAGCGGGCGUUUACGCUACCAAACUGGCUUGGAUGGACGGCCAAUAUCAUCGGACUUAUUUACACUGUUGUUACUAGUGUGCUCUUCCUCUUCCCUCCCGCGCUGCCUGUAGACGGAACCACCAUGAAUUAUUGCGUGGUGGCUUUCGCUGUUAUCAUUGUCAUCUCUCUUGUGCAGUGGAUUGUUGACGGAAGGAAGAAUUAUGAGGGACCACGCAUUACGAUAGGAGAGGGUGAGAUAGACGAGUAA